ACUGGUAUAAGAUGAGAGUUUCUGUUAAUAUCAUCACCCAGAACCGAGCAUCCUCUCUUCAGAGGCUCCUCAGAUCCCUCCAAAAUGCCUACUAUCUCGGGGAUGAGAUCCCUUUGAGCUUCAACAUGGACGGCAAGGUUGAUGAGGAGACACUGAAGGUCGUAGGAUCCUUCGAAUGGGAACAAGGUCCUAAACUCAUACGGAGGCGCAUCAUUCAAGGUGGGCUGAUUCGAGCCGUGAGCGAGAGCUGGUACCCAUCAUCUGACCAUGACUUCGGCCUCCUACUGGAAGAUGACAUCGAGGUCUCCCCCUACUACUACCUCUGGAUAAAGUAUGCGCUCCUAGCCUACCACUACGACCCCCAGGUCGCGCUCCCAGAGCUCUCUUCCAUCUCUCUCUACACCCCACGCCUUGUCGAAGUAGUGAAAGAAAGGCCCAGAUGGAAUGCUACUGAUUUCUUCAAGAAGAUCCACCCCAACACCCCAUAUCUCCACCAGCUCCCGUGCAGUUGGGGUGCAGUUUUCUUUGCCAAGCAAUGGAGAGAAUUCUAUGCUUACAUGGGCUCGAGGUUCACCGAAGAUGCCAAGCAAAACCCGGUUCAGAUCCCCAGGUCCAGGACCAACGGGUGGCAAGCUUCUUGGAAGAAGUUCCUCAUCGACAUGAUGUACCUGAGAGGAUAUGUGAGCCUGUACCCAAACUUCCCCGACCAAAUGAGCUUCUCGACCAACCAUAUGGAGCCCGGUGCGCACAUCAAUGCCAAGGACAAUGUAGUGAAGCACAAGAAGGAAGACUUUGAGGUGCCACUGGUGGAGGAUGAUUUCACGAGCUUAUUGCCGGCGGGGAAGCUGCCUCCUGCUUCGAAGCUGCCAGUGAUUAACCUAUUCAACCAACCAAUCUCUUUGAAGGGAUUGAAAGCAGCAGGGGCGAAGCUCGGGCAAGAUGUGAUCAGCUGCAGCGAAUCAGAGCUUGUUAUUGUUGAUCACCGUACCGGCUUGCCUAAGAACUGUACCAAGUUCUGA